AUGAGGACGGUGCUGGUGCUGCUUGGGGCGGCGUCCGCGGCCGUUGCCCUGCCGUUCACGUUUCCCGGACAGGCGGCGGGUAACGCCCAGGGCUCCGUUACCCUGGGGGAGAGCGUCGGUCCCCAGGGGACCCAGCACCUCUCUCAGACCUCCUCCGUGGCCAAAGGCAAGAGCGUGGGUGGCGCCCCCAAUUUCAGCUCUGCCCAGGCCAGCAGCGGUAAGGGUGCUGACGGAGCCCGGUUCGCCAACACGGCCUCCACCUCCCUGCAGCCGGGAGGUUUCGGCACCUUCCCCGGCUUCGGUCUCGGCUUCGGAGGCUCCCCGUUCGGAGGAGGAUUUGGAGGACUGGGAGGAGGAUUUGGAGGAGUGGGCCAGGCCUCCGGUACCGCUCAGGGUACGGUGUCAGAGGGACAGAGUUUUGGACCGAACGGAGGAUUCACACAGAUCGUCAACACCGGAUCCAGUGCAGGG